CUACUCUGCUCUGCUCUGUGCAGAUUCCGCUAACGCAUCCUGUAUGCUGUAGCUAGUCUUUUAUUUUAUUAUUAUUUUUUAAAACAAUCGCCUCUUCAUAAAUUUAGUUAAAAAAUUCAGCAUGUCAGUGGCUUUCGCGCCUCACAGACAACGCGGGAAGGGUGAUAUUACACCCGCAGGGAUACAGAAGUUACUGGAUGAAAACAAUCAGCUGAUUCAGUGCAUCAUGGACUUCCAGAGCAAAGGGAAAACAGCAGAAUGUUCACAUUACCAGCAGAUGCUUCACAGAAAUCUGGUCUACUUGGCCACAAUAGCAGACUCCAACCAGAACAUGCAGUCUCUCCUCCCGGCUCCCCCCACACAGAACAUGGGCAUGUCAGGGGGCAUGAAUCAGAGCGGCGCGCCCCCACAGCCCCCCCACGGCCACAGCAUGCCCUCAGACGGCCCGCCCUCCGGCCCGCACAUGCAGAACCAGAUGAACGGCCAGAUGCCUGGACCGAACCACAUGCCCAUGCAGGGCCCAGGGCCCAACCAGCCUCCCAGCAUGCCAAGCGGCUCCAUGAACAUGCCUCCCAGCAGCCACAGCUCCAUGGGCGCCUACAACCACGCCGUUCCCUCCUCCCAGGCCAUCAGCAGUCAGGGCCAGAUGAACAUGAGCCAAGGCCAGCCAAUGGGCAGCUACGGGCCCAGACCCAGCAUGAACAUGCAGCCCAACCAAGGUCCCCUGAUGCACCAGCAGCCUCCUUCGCAGCAGUACAACAUGCCCCCUGGUGGUGGAGGGCAGCAUUACCAAGGACAGCAGAACCCCAUGGGCAUGAUGGGCCAGGGCAACCAUGUGAUGGGACAGAGACCCAUGCCUCCUUACAGACCACCUCAGCAAGGGCCGCCGCAGCAGUACCCAGGCCAGGAGGACUACUAUGGAGAGCAGUACAGCCACGGAGGCCAGGGGGCACCUGAGGGAAACUCGCAGUAUGGUCAGCAGCAGGAAGCCUAUCAGCAAGGCCCCCCUCAGCCACAGGGCUACCCAGCACAGCAGCAGUACCCAGCGCAGCAGGGCUACCCGGGCCAGCAGCAAGGCUACGGGCCUUCUCAAGGUGGUCCCGGACAGUACCCCAAUUACCCACAAGGCCAAGGGCAGCAGUAUGGAGCGUAUAGACCACCUCAGCCUGGUCCUCCACAAGGCCAGCCACAGCGCCCGUACGGUUAUGACCAGGGGCACAUGAGGAAAUAACGGACCGAGUAUUUCAACCCCUGACUAGAUGUUUAAGAAGCAAAGGGUCAGUACGGCAACUACCAGCAGUAAACGAGAGACGCUCUUCUUCCUGUUAGAGCGUCCGCACGACGCUUUCCGUCUUUCUGGACCUGCGGAAGGGCUACGGCUCUCUGAGACUCCCUCUCCCCUUUUCUAAAUUACGAAGAGACGGAUAUCUCUCUCUCUCAUACACGCAUACAGAAAAUCCCUAACACACUUCUUCUUUUUGUGCAUAACUCUUUCAGACACACCGUGACCGCUGGAUGAAACUUGGACAGUACAUGUUGUUGUUGUUGUGGUUUUUUUUGUUUGUUUUUUUCCCCCUUCCUUCUCAGAUCACACAGCAAGCUGUAAAUCUCAUUACUUAUUCCUAUAGUGACUCUUUCUGCUCUUUUUUUUUUUUAACCCCCCCCCCCUUCGGUUUUAGCAUCUCCAAAGCCAUCUCGAAAGCAGUAAUGCCUUAAAAAAAAAAAAAAGUCGUCGUAGUCAGAGCGGCCUUAUUUUAACUUCCACCAAAAUAAAAUAAAAUAAAUAAAACACCCCAGGGAGGGGGAUUUCGAUAUCCUGCAGCACGGAGUUGUCUUCCUGCCGCAGUACGUUAGUCACCAUCUCUUCGAUUGCGUGAAAGUUUAUCUAGCCGAAGCAAUAACCAGGGGGAAGGGGAGCGGCCCAGAGAGAUGAUCUUGCACAGGGAAUAUUCUUCUUACAUGUCAAGGUCAAACUUGUAUAAUGUACAAAAUGUAUUUUAUGCUUUCUAGAUAGAGCUUACUUUGUACUGAGGAUUUGGAAACUUUAGCUCGAAGCGUCGUACUUUUUUGUCGUCGAAUGUCUUUUAAUUAGGUUUUCUUUCUUUUUUUAAAAAAUUAAUAAUUGUCGUCGUCCCUUCCUUCUCAAGCGUAAUGUCUUUGGUUCCUCGCAGCCAUGCUGAACCUUGAUUAAACCCAUCUGCUACUCUGGUGGUUCACGUAUUAAUUGUCCACAAGGGAGCACUUCGUUUUUAAGUGCAACGACUCGGCUGUACACUGAGAGGAGGAGGAAAAAAAAAAACACCCACCCCAGCUCCGAGAGUGGACAAUCAGGAGUCGCGUUCAGAUCAGAGUUAAAAGCACCAUCAGGUUCGAGCAAAACGAUCACCCGUUCGUUUAUUUUCGACAGAUUUCAAGAGUUAACGUCGCCUAUUCGCGCCGUCAAUUGUCGAGAUUACCGUACAUCGUCGACGCGAAGAAAAGCAGAUGGGUUUUUAUGGAAUCAAUUUUGUGCCAAAAUGUUCAUACAAAAAAAGAAAAAAAAAGGCAAUUUUUUUAGACUGGCGAGCAAAUUAUUCGUGUAAUCGUGCAAAACAGUCUAUUACUCUU